AUGCCGGCGUUCUUCCUAGCUUUGGCGUUGCCCAUCUUGCUCGUUGUCCUCUCCUACAUCCUCCAGCUCUUCCACGACUCUCCCCGGCGCCUUCCGCCGGGCCCACGGCCGCUCCUGCUGAUCGGAAACCUCCACCAGCUCGACCACCUCCCGCACCGCUCCCUGGCCCGCCUCGCCGCGCGCCACCGGGCGCCUCUCAUGUCGCUCCGCCUCGGCGCCGUGCUCACCGUCGUCGCCUCGUCCCCGGACGUGGCGCGCGAGGUCCUGCAGCGGCAUAACGCCGACAUCGCGGCGCGGUCCAUCGGCGACUCCAUGCGCACCGGCGGCCACUGCGACAACUCCGUCCUCUGCCUUCCGCCGCGCCACCGGUGGCGCGCCCUGCGGCGGCUGGGCGCCACUGAGCUCUUCUCGCCGCCGCGGCUGAGAGCCAUGGAGCCUCUCCGGCGAGAGGCGGUGUCCACCCUCCUCCGCCACGUAUCCGACCACGCAGCGCGCGGCGCGGCCGUGGACGUCGGCGCCGCUGCCCACGCCGCCGCGCUGGGCCUCCUGGCGCGCACCAUGUUCUCUGGCGACCUCGACCCCCGGACGGCGCGCGAGGUGAGCGACGUCGUCGACGAGGCGUCGGUGCUCGCCGCCGGGCCGAACGUGUCCGACUUCUUCCCGGCGCUGGCGGCGGCGGACAUCCAAGGCGUGCGCCGGAGGAUGGCGAGGCUGGUGAAGAGGAUGUACGCCAUCAUCGACGACCAGAUCGAGCAGAGGGAACGCAGCCGCGCCGCUGGCGAGGCGCGCAAGAACGACUUGCUCGACGUGAUGCUGGACAAGGAGGGGGAAGUUGAGGAAGAAGGCACCGACGACGUCAGCCAUAAUACCAUCCGGGGACUGUUUACAGACUUGUUCACUGGGGGAGAGACCACAUCCCACACCAUUGAGUGUGCACUAGCAGAGCUAUUGCAAAGCCCAAAUUCAAUGAGGAAAGUGCAAGAGGAGCUCAAGAGUGUGAUCGGCACCAAACAGCAGAUCGAUGAGGCUGAUACUAGCAAAUUGCCUUAUCUUCAGGCUGUUGUCAAGGAAACCCUAAGACUGCAUCCUCCAGUUCCGCUGCCGCCAUACGAAGCCGAAGCCACGGUUGAAAUUCAGGGUUAUACGAUUCCAAAGGGGACCAAAGUUCUUAUCAAUAUAUGGGCGAUUAAUCGAUGCCCCGAUGCGUGGAUCGAGCCGAAUAGAUUCAUGCCUGAGAGGUUCUUGGAGGCAGAGAUCAAUUUCAUGGGAAGGGAUUUUCAUUUCAUACCAUUUGGUGCCGGAAGGCGCAUUUGCCUCGGGCUGCCACUGGCACAUCGGAUGGUGCAUUUGAUGCUUGGAUCAUUGCUCCAUCGAUUCAGAUGGACAUUACCCGCAGAGGUUGAGAAAAAUGGAGUGGACAUGAGAGAGAGGUUUGGGUUAGCACUGUCUUUAGUUGUUCCCCUCCAUGCAAUACCACAGGAGAUACAUUAA